GAUGUCUCAUCUUUUCUAUUUGCUCCAAGUCUUCCCCGAGGCUGGACUGGGCUGGCCUCCCUCGCUCCAUCCGAUCUUUCAGCUCACCCUCCAGCUGAGAAUUGAGAAUUUCCAAUUCCCGAAAGAGCUGAUUGGGAAAAAGAAAAACUGCACGCCCAAAACGCCACGAUGCCAUUCCCCGGAUUUCUUUCGGCUGGAACGCCCCCGCUUUUAGAAGCAGGUACAUAGGCUUUUGCCCAACCCCUCCUCUAGGUUGUGUUGAGGGUUUGUGGUACAUGAAGAAGAUAUGAGAGACAACGAAUGUGUUGUUUAUUUACUUAACAUGGUCUCACAACUUGUGGAAUCCCAUAGACUGGAGAGAGGGCUCGAGACGACGAAGGCAUUCCAAGCCGAGGUCGAUUUAUAAGCAGCCCCCUGUAUUUCUCGCCUUCUUUACAACCCCUCCGGCUUCCAAAUUUCGGGAAGGGUGAGGGGGUAGCACAACAUGUUCUUUGAGUAGUAUAAGUAUCAUAACCUCGAGGCCUACGAGCUGAAAUAAUCGCCAAACAUAAUCCUCCGACGUCAACAUCGAGUAUCUGUAAUCCGACAACUCACUCUCCCAACCUACAACAUGACACACUUUCAGAUCAAAGUAGUCUCCGACAUUAUCUGCCCUUGGUGCUACGUCGGCAAAGCCCGUCUCGAGCGCGCCAUCAAGCUCUACAAGGACGUCAUCCCAGGCGGCGCAAACGACACCUUCACCGUGACCUGGCACCCCUUCUACCUCGACCCUUCGCUGCCCAAAACGGGCGGUAUCGACCCCAAGGCCUAUCUCGGCAAGAAGCUGGGCAGCCCCGAACGCCUCGCCAUGGUCCACGCGCGCCUCAAGGCCAUUGGCGAAGGCGAAGGCAUCAAGUUCUCGUUGAACGGUAGGAUCGGCAACACCCGCAAUGCGCAUCGGUUGAUUCAGCUGGCGAAAACCAAGUCCAACGAGAUUGAAAACAAGACUGCUGCGGCCCUGUUUCAGUUGCAUCAUGAAGAAGAUGGCGAUGUGUCGUCGAAUGACAUGCUGAUUGCUGCUGGCAAGCGCGCGGGCUUGGAUGGAGCGGAAGUCGAGAGCUGGCUGGCCAGUGAUAGAGGUGGCGAGGACGUUGAUCGUGAGGUUGCAGAGGCGCAGAGGAAGGGAAUCCAUGGAGUUCCCAACUUUACCAUCAACGGACAGUCAGAACUCAGCGGGGCGCAGGAUCCGGAGACAUUUGUCCAAGAGUUCCUGCGUGUCAAGGCUGCUACUUCGGAUGUUAGCGAAAGACCGUCCGAUGGGCCGAGUUGUUGAGGAUCUGGUGGCUGGUCAAGACAAACCUUGCGUAAUGAUAUAUGAUAUCGCAAAGUCUUCUUUUCGUCGUAGUUCGAAUAACCUUGGUAGCUUCUUGCGUGUAUCGGACACUCUUGAGCAGAUACUGCGCUCAAAACUCCAUCAAUCCAUUGAGAUCGCGCUCCGUCGCUCGCAACCUCGCUUGCAACUCCCUCC